UAUAUAACGGGCCACUCUCUUUCAGCGCUCUGUUCUGAGUUUUAAGCGCUUUUUUUUUUUAAGUUUUCGGGGUUUUGCAAAAGGGUAGUAGAAGACCAUGUUGCUUUCGGUUUUUGCUCUGUCCCUCGUUGCUGGGGUUCUGUCCGCCCCACCUGCUACAGACCUACCUCGAGGUGAAGCAGCGGCUGAUGCGAACAACUAUCCUGUUCCGCAAAUUGACUGGGGAAAAUGUCCACAACUCAAACCAACCGAAGCUGAUAAGGAACAAAAGCGCCUUGUGAUUCAGAAAUGCUUAGAGCAGAACCCACCACCUUCUUUGGAGGCUGUCACUGAUCCUAAACAAAUUGAUGAUCAUCGUGAGUUAGUCACAACAUGCGCAUUGAAGACUGAAGGAUGGUUCAACGCUGACGGAAGCUACAAAUUCAGUCGUGCCAAGACAGAAAUUGAAUCAAAGAAACUGGACUCUGCCGUCGAAAAGAAUAUUUCUAAGAGACAUCAAGAAUGCCAAGAAGAAGCUGUUAAGAGGUUCCCCGACGGUUACAUCCAGCAAGUACAAUUAUACCAAGCAUGCAUGGAUUACCACAUUGCAGAAAUUUGCGAAAUCGAACUCAUCCCUCCCCCCGGUGGAUUCCCCAUCGAAGAGUUUGCUGUUGACUACGACGAAACACCUCUUCAACCAGAACAACCCAACAAGCCCUUAGAAAGCUCAGCUCAAGCCCAGGCUCAACCUGCGAGGGCUAACUAAAGAUGAGUGAUGUCAACACCUUCAUUCCUUGCUCAUCUGAAGUCGAGUUUAGUUAUCGGAGGAACUGAGAGCAUCUCACCAUAGUCAUCUUGUAUAGUGCCGUUCAAGUUUUCAUCUCGAUUUAAAACGAUCUCGUUCAAAACAUUCGGUUUUAUAGCUUGUGAACCAUUUAUUAUGAAUAAAAGGAGCGAUCGCUCACUUUCUCUUC